CUGGCUUUUCAAAACAUGCCUCAUUGAUUCAUUGGUGAAUUGAACUGUGAAUUGAAGUGUGCAGUGUUACGGCCGGUGGUUUUUCCUUAUCCAGGCAUGAAUCGUGGAUUUCUGGAGCCUUGAGCCUUGAACCAAUUUAGGGGGAAUAAUUGGGCAUCGCCCUUGAUUUGGCCCUCAUCAUGAAGUUGAAUGUGGGCGGGUUGUUGGUCCACUUUCCCUAUGAUUACAUCUACCCGGAGCAGUUUUCCUACAUGCUGGAACUAAAGCGGGCACUGGAUGCCCGUGGUCACUGCUUGCUGGAGAUGCCCUCGGGUACGGGCAAGACCGUGUCGCUCUUGGCCCUCAUUCUGGCUUACAUGAAGGCCCAUCCGGCCCAUGUCACCAAAUUGAUCUACUGCUCGCGAACCAUUCCCGAAAUUGAAAAGGCCUUGGAAGAGUUGCGGAAGCUUUUAAAUUUCUACAAAGACUCGGUGGGCGAGGAGCUUAACUUCGUGGGCUUGGCACUCAGUUCGCGCAAGAAUCUCUGCCUCCAUCCGGAUGUGAGUCGCGAACGCGAUGGCAAAGUGGUGGAUGCCCGUUGCCACGCUUUAGUCGCCCCCCACGUCCGCGAACGUCACGCCCGUGACCCGGAGAAUGUCCCCGUCUGCGACUUCUACGAACAAUUUGAACGCCUCGGUCGCGAUCUACGUCUCCCACCCGGUAGUUACGUUUUGGACGACCUGAAAAAGUUUGCCCAGGGCUAUGGCGUGUGCCCGUAUUUCUUUGCCCGCACGGCCAUUGCUCAGGCCAACAUCGUGAUCUACAGCUACCACUACGUGCUAGACCCCAAGAUCGCCGAACUCGUGUCCAAAGAUCUGCCCAAGAAUGCCGUGGUCGUAUUUGACGAGGCCCACAAUAUUGACAACAUCUGCAUCGACUCCAUGAGCGUCAAGAUCACUCGUAAGCUCCUUGAUCGAUGUCAGAGCAGCAUCACGGUGCUGGAAUCCGAGAUUGCUCGAUUGAAAGAGGCCGAUUCGAUGCAGCUCAAGAACGAAUACGACCGACUGGUCCAAGGGUUGCGAGAAGCCCAGACUCGUCGGGAGAACGAUGCUGUUCUGUCCAAUCCGGUGCUGCCCGAUCACGUCCUGCAGGAGGCGGUGCCCGGGAGCAUUCGCAAAGGCGAGCAUUUCGUGGCUUUCAUCAAACGGUUGGUGGAAUAUCUUAAGAUUCGUCUUCGGGUUCAACACGUGGUUCAAGAAACAUCGGCGGGCUUUCUCUCGGAUAUCGCGAGCAAAGUGUGUAUUGACCGGAAGCCCUUACGAUUUUGCUCGGAACGCCUCUCGUCUUUGAUCCGCACUUUAGAGAUCUCGCACACGGCGGAUUUCUCUCCGUUGACUCUGAUCUCUCAUUUCGCCACGUUAGUAUCCACCUACACCAAAGGCUUCACCAUCAUCAUCGAGCCGUCCGAUGAUAAAGCGCCCACCGUGUUCAAUCCUGUGAUGCAUUUCCGAUGCUUGGACUCGUCCAUCGCCAUCCGACCCGUGUUCGAAAGGUUCGACUCCGUGGUGAUCACAUCCGGUACCUUGUCUCCUUUGGACAUGUACCCUCGUAUCCUGGACUUUCAUCCCGUGAUCAUGGCCUCAUUCACCAUGACCUUGGCUCGUCAGUGUAUCUUGCCCAUGAUCGUGGGCAAAGGCAACGAUCAAGUGGCCUUGACCUCGAAGUUCGAGGCCCGCGAGGACACAGCCGUGAUCCGCAACUAUGGCACUUUACUAUCCGAAACCGUGGCCGUGGUACCGGAUGGCGUGGUCUGUUUCUUCACCUCGUAUUUGUACAUGGAGAAUGUGGUGGCGGCGUGGUACGAUCAGGGAGUCAUCGAUCAGAUCCAGAAGCACAAGCUGCUCUUUAUCGAAACACAGGAUGCGGCAGAAACGAGUUUGGCACUGUUGAACUACAUCAAAGCUUGUGAGAACGGCCGAGGAGCCGUGCUUUUGUCCGUGGCUCGAGGCAAAGUUUCGGAAGGGGUGGAUUUUGACCACCAUUUAGGGCGAGCCGUUCUCAUGUUCGGCAUUCCGUAUGUGUACACUCAGUCCAAGAUUUUGCGGGCUCGGCUGGAUUAUUUGAGAGACACCUUCCAGAUCCGGGAAAAUGACUUCCUUACCUUUGAUGCCAUGCGGCAUGCGGCUCAAUGUGUGGGACGGGCGAUGCGGGGUAAGACCGAUUAUGGCAUCAUGAUUUUUGCUGAUAAACGAUUCGGACGAAUCGAUAAGAAAGGGAAAUUGCCCAAGUGGAUCCAGGAGCAUAUCCGGGAUUCAAUGUGUAACUUGUCCACGGAAGAAGCCAUUCAGAUCUCGAAGAAAUGGCUCAGACAGAUGGCACAGCCGUUCACCCGAGAGGAUCAAUUGGGUAUCUCUCUGCUCACCUAUGAACAAUUGCAGACCGAGGAGAUGCAGGAAAAGAUUCAAAAGAAAGUGGUCCAAGGUUGAUCACAAUGAUCAUGCCUUGCUUCCGUUAACGUCAAUUACAAAGAUAUGUUUUAUGUUA